CAGAUGAACUGUAUGUCAGUGUCCUGCAGCUCAUAAUCAAACAACUUCAUAUGUGGACACAUCAAACUCCCUCAACUCUUGGACUGUGGACUUCAUGUCAAGAAUGCUGUUGUCUCUGGGAAUUAUGUCUCAACAAAAGCAAAAUUUGCUGUGGUUGAUGAUCAUCUGUUGUGCUUCACGGCAGAUAACCGCCUCAAAAAAACUGAUAAUCCAAGUCAAUUCGACAGAUCAGUGUUUCUGGAAUAAAAGUAGCUCACCAUAUCCAGAUAUAAAAUUUACAUGUCUGACAGAUAAAGAAGGAAUUGUCAAACUAAAUAUCUCUUCUCUUGGACAAUGCAGAUCAUUAAGUCUCAACAUAACAAAACAGGGGGAGAAUUAUGAAAUCAGAAUGAAUGAGACAAUUCAAGGCAUAAAGCUGUGGUUAUUGAGAAAUGAUCAUUGUCUGUUAUCCGAAAUGAGUACUUCCCUGGCAAAUGUUGGCAUAGUGUGCAACAGCACCAUAAAUCCAAAGACAGAAUGUCAGAACAUCAGUACUGUUGAUCCUGAAGUGGAAUGUCGAAAUGCUGUCAAUGCUGACAAGGAUAAAUGCAGCAAAGGUAAAGAACAAAGCCGAUACAUUCUGGAUAUUAAAGAGAAUCCUAAGUGUGAGAUCUGCAUUGGUGAAAGUUCAACCACUGUUACACCACUGUCACACAACACAACUCACAUUCCAACUACCAGUUCAGACUCUCAUAGGACAACUCACAAACCAACAAGUUCAACAUCACAUACGACAACUCACAAUCUAACUACCAGUUCAACAUCACAUACGACAACUCACAAUCUAACUACCAGUUCAGCAUCACAUAGGACAACUCACAAUCCAACCAUAACCCUCAAACCACACAACGCAACUCACAGUUCAACUACAGUUGAGGAUGGAUAUACUGAUCCCUCAAAGGCAUCAAAAGCACUGGACAAUCUGGAGUCUAAGAUGGAAGAGAUGGAAAAAAGCAAUAAAACCAAUGAGAUGAUUGUCACGAAGGAUGCUGUUGGUCUUAUUUACAUACAAGCCAAGAACACAGAAACCAAAGACAUCAACAUAUGCUACUCUUCAAAUCAUACUAUGGUUGUUGAGAGUCAAACUGACCCAAACACAAACUGUUCCUGGUCUGUAAAGAUUUCCAAGGAAGCUUUUGAUAAAUCACGUCUUGAAAACAAUGGAAGUGCAUUUGUUGGAGUUCUACAGUUCAAAAACAUAGGAAACAAGGAUGAAACUAAAAAUCAGACUGUUUUGAACAAUGAGGUUUAUGGAAUAACGAUGAGGGCCAAUAUCACCAACCUUACUGACAAUAUUGACAUGUUCUUUACAAAUAAUGAUAUGGAGUGUAAGGCGUCCUGCAGUUCUUGGGAUGGCAAAGGAGUACUUAAUUGGACGACAUUCGGCUGUGAGACAGAAAUCAACGGUAACACCAUAAAGUGCUCCUGCUCACAUCUGACAUUUUUUGCAGUGCUGAUGUCUCUUCCAGAUGCAAAUGAAACGGCGCUGCAUCUGGAAUCAUUGACUCUCAUCACUUCUGCGGCAUCUCCAUGUUUUUUCUGUCCAUCGCUUUAUUCAUGCAUUUCCUGCUGCGGAAAGCCAAAUCAAAUCAGGCCACGAAGAUCUUGAUGAACAUGUUUGUGUCUUUGUGUCUACUGAAUGCUGCGUUUUUGUCAAACGAGAGCGUCGCUAACACACAAGACAACACUGCGUGCGUCUUCAUAGCGCUGGUCCUGCAUUACUCCAUGCUGGCCUCAUUCACCUGG